AUGUCCAUCAAAACAGUUGCCGUCGUUGGUGCAUCCGGCCUUGUCGGCCUGCGAGUCGUCAAAGCUCUCCUUGAUAAGGGCUUUCAAGUAACAGCCAUCUCCCGCGAGACUUCAACCGCCACAUUUCCAUCAGGUGUCGCUGUUCGCAAGGCAGAUCUCUCGUCUGUUGAGUCUCUCACGGCUGCUUUUGCCGGACAGGAUGCUGUUAUCUCUGCCAUCUCCACUGUUGCAGUCAUCGUACCCGGCUCGCAAGACCCGCUCAUCGAUGCGGCGAUCGCCGCUGGCGUGAAGCGCUUCAUCCCAUCCGAGUACGGUCUCAACACACGCACCUUGGAAGGCGAGAUACUCGGCGAUUGGCUCAAGUCCAAGACGGCCGCCGUCGACUAUCUGAUCAAAAAGACGGAGGCGAACCCAAGCUUCACAUGGACUGGUAUUGGAACGAGUCUGUUCUUCGACUGGAGUAUCACACGAGGAAUUUACGGGAUCUCACUUGAGAAUAAGAGUAUCACGAUCUUCGACUCUGGAAACCAAAAAGUCUCCACGACAUCACUCUCUUUCUUGGCCGAGGGCAUCGUCGCGGUGCUUCAACACCCUGCCGAAACUGCGAACAAAUACAUCAACAUCGUCGAAUUCGAAGUCACACAAAACGAGCUCCAUAAGCUGUUCGAAGAGGAGACAGGUUCAAAAUUCACAGUUGAGCACAAGACUGCCGACGAAGCAGAGAAGGAGGGCAAGGAGAAGCUCAAGGCUGGAGGUCGUUUCCCCUUUGAGGAGUUCUUGCAAAAGUACUGGUUCGGCGACGUGCCCGGCCAUGCUAUCAAGGAAGAAGACAAGUCAAACAAGAUCUUGGAACUUCCGCAAAGUGACUUGCGAGAGGUCGUUAGAGGAUACAUCAAGGAGCACAGCACAUAG